AUGAAUCGCCCCGCUCCUCUACCUCUAGGAGACAAGAAGAAGCAACAGGAAAUGCUGGAUCUCAUUCGAAAGAAACAGGCCGAAAUGGAAUCAAGUAGUAGCGAAAUGCAUCCUGACGCUUACAAAAAACCCGAACCAGAGUUUGAAGGCGACGUAAACCCAAAAACAGGCGAGGUCAAUGGUCCCAAAAACGAGCCAUUGAAGCAUGGAGACUGGAGCUUCGGCGGCAGGGUUACUGACUUUUGA